AAGAUUUUUCACAACUUUUGUCCAUUAAUUUAAAAGUUUAGGGAUAAAAAAUGUGUAUAUACAGACAUAAUAGAUUAAUUGAUAAAAAGACUAAAAAAAUUCUAUUUUCAUGCACAGACCAUAUUCUUCUCCAAUAUGAGUUUUGUUUAUGUCUCGAAUGAAUUCAAGAACAUAUUCGAAGAAAUUUUGACCGUCGGUUGGAAUGGUUUGUGGAUUCCGAACUGCGAUAAUGGCGGAACCUAAUAAGAUAGCAAUUACAACCCAAGAAGUAAUAAGGACUUGGGCAUGGACUUGGAAAGCUUCGAUUUGCCGAUGUAAAUGUUGGCUGACUUCCACACCAGAGAUAUGGUAUAAUCCAUUUAGUGUGUUGAUAGAACAUGAUGUAAUAUUCAUAUUACUCUCUGACAAAAAUAGAGGCAAAACAAAAUCAACUUGAAUUU